AUGGAUUCAUCAGCGAGACCGGCUUUUCCGACAGUACUUUCCGGGAAGAUCGAGAGCAAUCGGGACAAUAUCGAAAGCGAAGUCCGUUCAGGUGCCGCUUCGAUAAGCCUCUUAUCUUCGGAUUCCGCUUCGACACCAUUCAGACCCACAUAUUAUGGUUUGAUUGAAGCCAACACUGCAUAUAUUGCCAAUUUCAUCAAGCCCUAUGUUAAGCGGAUUGCGUCUAAUGACGGCAGCUCGAUAAACGGUUACUCAUUGGGACCAUCGAUAGGUCAUGGACAAUUUGGUAAGGUGUACAAAGCUUAUUUAAAGUCUAAGAACUCAGUUUACGCUAUCAAGAUGAUACCAAAGAGGCCGUGGAACAACCAGUAUUCCAUGAACCAAACAAUGAGACAGAUUCAGAUAUGGAGAUCCAGAGGAGCAGUCGCACCAAUAUCGAGCGAUGAAGCAAUCAUGUUAAUGAAUGUCCAAAAAUGCAGAUGGGAACUCUAUGCAGUGAGCAGGCUGAGUAGUCCGUAUAUUGCUUCAUUCAAGGAAUGUUUAGAUUCGCCGCAGAGUAAAUCGAUUUGGAUUGUAACAGAAUGGUGCAAUCUGGGGGAACUAAAGUGGUGUCGCUCUUCUUGUGACCAAGUCCUGCCGCAAUGGGAGAUGCUAAUGCCACAAUGUGAUGUUUUAUCCUUCACCAGGAAAGCUCUUAUAGACUUGGUCCUCGGACUACGAUACCUGCGAUCGCAGGGCUGUAUUCACCGGGAUAUCAAGCCGUCAAACAUUUUAGUUGACGGCGACAGAAAAUUGCUCAAGAUUUCGGAUUUUGGCUGCUGCGUCUUGGUCCCCGAGUCUUUGCCCUUUAAGAACGCUUCAUUAAUGGAAUGUUACCUAGCGGAAUUGAAUAAAAUUGUUGGAACUCCAGCUUUCAUAGCGCCAGAGCUUUGCCACUUCGCAGAAUCAAACAUACAAAACGUUCAAGAUGGUUUCCAAUUGGAUGUGUGGUCGCUCGGAGUUACUCUAUACUGCCUGCAGCACAACGAGCUUCCAUUCUGUGGGGAUAAUGAAUUUGACACAUACCAGAAAGCGAUGAACCUCUCUCUGGGUUCACAAUUGAACGGUGAACUUCUAAACGAUUUGGUAAUUUCUAGACUACUUGAGAAAGAUCCAUCGAAGAGAAUUGACAUCAAGAAGCUAGCUGAUUUAGUACUGCCGAAAGACCUGACGUCAAAGAAUAAAGAUAAUAAGCCAGUGCGGAGAUUUUUCAACAAAAUCUGGAAGUUCAAGACUAAGAAGAGAGACGAGCCCACUCCCAUCGCUGAAGAAACAUCGGAGGUCCUCGAGCUGCGUUCUCGCCCGUCCGACGUGUCACCGGAGCCUACGCUGUCCAUGUCAUCUUACGAAGAACCAAUUCAGAUAACGGAGUUCCUCGACACAGUAUGGAAGCCGCCCAGAGUUGAAGAAACUCAUGAUAGCGAUCAUGAAAUAUCAUUUUCUCAAGAUCAUAGAGAGCCUUCCGAGAAAAGCGAUCAUUUUUCAAUAUUAUCGAUCUCGCCAAUAAAACUCGCUACUCCCAUCAAGGCACUAAUACGAAUUAAGAGCUCUCCCCAUACUGGCCGGAGCCAGGAGCCCAAGACAUCUCCCUACUCCAAGUCACCAUCAAAGACUAAGCCUAAAAACAAGAGGCAAAAGGGCCGCAAACUGGCCCACUCGCAUGAUAUCGUUAAUUUCCAGAAAUAUAUUCAGCCGCAGCAAGACAGCAAUGAGAACGUAGGAGCUCCACUGACUCCUCAGGAUAUAGAAGAAUAUUUGAGGUUUGCUGACACCAAGUAA